GUUUCUCUCUGUUUGGAUCUGUCAGUCUCUGUGCUGGUGUUUGGUGGCAGCGUUUCUCUUCACUGCAGAGGCAGCUUCAUUCUUUCCUCCAGGAUGUCGGGCCUUCUGACCAGCUCUCUUCUGCUCUUCCUCUCCCUGACGCUGUUCCAGAUCCCCACACCAGAGGCAAAGCCUCUCUCUACCAUGCGUGGAGGAGGUCGCAGCUUUGACAUCCAGGCAGCUGGAGUCCGUCUGCGAAGAGACCUGCGGGAUUCAGUGCCCUACGAGGCCCAGAUGAUGUCUUACCCCACUGCUGACUUCAGGAGUCGGAGCAAUGAUCUGUACUACCAACCAGAGGUCUUAAGAGCUCAAGGUCUUGGACAAGCCCUCCAGCGGCUGGUGGAGAACGAUCAGAGGCGGGAACAGGAAGCAGUUUAUCUGGCUUCAAUGCUGCGUCUCCUUAACGAGGCACAGAAUAACGGACAGGGCAAAGCAGAGGAAGAGGAGGAGGAGGAGGGUGAUUUCCAGGGCCCAUACCCUCCGGACUACGAUGAGACCGAGCAGGCUGUGAGCAUGGCCAAGCCCCAGGCCUCAUGGCAGGGCCUUCUGGAUCCUCAGCUUACUCAGGCUCUGCUCAACCGCUACAAGCAAGAGAGACUGAUGCAGGCUGGACUCGCUCCGAACACCAACAGGAUAUCAGAGAGAGAGCAGGACAAAGACCAAGAGAUGCUCAGGUACCUUGUUGAGAAGAUCCUCUCAAGCUUGGCAUUGGGUGGCAGUCAGGGAGGCCCUUCAAACCAGCGUGCUAAACGGGAUCUGAUCGCUGUGGCCAACAUGGAGCAAUCUGGAGGAUCCGCCCUAAAACGCUCCCGCCGGUCCCUGGACUCCGCCCCUGGCCCCUCCCCCCAUGCCGAGGCAUCACUGCUGAGGGUGAAACGGCUCGAUGGCGAUGUGGAUGACGAAGAGGUUGCAGGGCAGAGCAACAGAACACCACACGUUGGCCUACAGAGAAUGAAGCGCAUAGACACUGACCUGCCGCCCCCCAAAAAACACAGCCGUAAGCGCAGAGCCCUGACCUAUGACCCCGCUCUGAUCGCCCAGCACAUCCUGCAGUACCUGCCAGCCUAGAGUAUGUGAAAGUGAGAGGAAUUAAAGGGAAAUGUUUGGUGAAAUAGAGAGAAAUGUAGACAGACAGAGCAAGCAAGAGUUUCAGACGGGACUGCAACAUUUCACUUGCUUACAGAUACGCCAGUGUUCAUUGUCGUUUGCCUAAACCUAAUCAAGACCUGCUUGCCGAGGUACUCUGAUAUGAUAAUACUUGUUUCAAUGUUAUAAUAUAAUAAAUCCCAUACACAUAACAGCUUAUGGAAUAUGCUUUUUCUUCUUUCUGGCUACAUUCUACAGAAUGUAAGCCCUUUUUCAUCAUGGAACAAAACAAUUAAAAAGGUAACUGUGACUUUUUUUCUUGCAAUUCUGGGUUUACAUCUUUGAAUUGCAAGGUAAUUCCUCACAAUGAGUUCAUAACUUAAGAUUCUGAGAAAAAAAGACACGUAAUUGUGAGAUCAAAAGUCGCAAUUACCUUUUAAUUUUUUAUUCCGUGGUGGAAAAAGGCUGGCAUUAACUGACCAUACUGACAUGGAAAUAAUCAGUUAUUGGCUUGCACAAGUAGCUUUGUUACUGUUUUGUCAGAAACAACAGGAUCAAAGUUACAUUUACCUUAAUUACGGAUUCAGAUUUUAAAUCAUUGCUUGACCAGGGUCAUGCAAGAGAGCAUUUAGGUGAAGUUUUGUCGUGUGCAUUGAGGUUAGUUCCAGUUAGUUCCUACUGUAAGCCAUUUGCCACUCGGCAACCCUGAGUUUCUCAGCAGAUGAAAGGAGCAUGACUGUUUCCUCAGAGAUCCAAAUAUAUCAGAGCUUAUCUACAGCUACAGUGAGUUUGUUUCAUAUUGUGAGGAAAUUAACAGUAACUCACAGCUCACUCAGUAAUAAUAACAAGCUCAAUCAGUAUCUACACCUACAGUACUGUUUUAGAAAUUAAACUUAAUUUAGAUUUUUUUUUUAAACAAAUGAUUGAGAAACAAAAAUGUCUGAAAUCUAUUUAUUGCAUAAGAUAUCCAGUACAGGUUUAAACAGCACAACACAUCAGAUCAGCUGCUUUAUACAGCACUAAUCAGCACUACAGGAGAAAAGAGCCCUUCUAAAUGUCAAACAUGCUCUAAGUGAGUUUCCUGUCCUCUCUUUCUCCAACUGGCUGUCUAAAGUAGUGUGCCAUUUUCUUAGUGUCAUACGCAUCCUAUCCAAGCUUGAUCAAGUGUUUUUGUCCCUUGACUUGGCUUUGAAACACUCUGUCUGAUUAUGAAUCACUGUCCCAACUUUCUGCCCUCUGGGUUUGUAAUCUGUCUAUUAUGAAUUUGUGAAGGAAAUCAUAGCUAUAUAAUCAUAUAUAAAUGCUUUUAGAUAUUUGUGCAGUCAUAAAAUCUUGUAAAAAAAAAUACAUUACUGCAAAAAUACAAUACUGCAAGUUUUGUCAAACAACAGAAAUCACUGUAAGUGCUAAUAAAGUGUAUG